CGAACUGCGAUCUACAUGGAGAACAUUGACGCCAAUAUUGUCAACUGUGGACCAAUCACUGGGAAUUUUGGGGACUCACUUAUUGUGCCUUUAAAGAUGCAGGUUGAGACUGGUCAGUCUCCAUUCUCCAUUCACAGUGGUUUCAUGGAAAUCAGUCAUUACACCCCUCAGACUGGAUCUGAGGUGUAUUUGAUUUCUCCACUUAUGGACAAAGCCAGUCGUCAGUCCUAUGGUGAAUCAGGCACAAACAUGGCAGAAUUCAUCCAGGAUCAGUCCAGAAGGGAUCAGUUCAUCCAGGGAACUGACGUGUCGCCCAGGCAUCAUCCUUAUGGAGCAUCGAAAGCAAGCGCAAAAACAACUCGACACACUAGGCGACAGCGCAGAAUGACCAGACGGAACGCCAAUUCUCAAGGGACCAUUUCUGAUCUGGAGGCCAUGAUCAAGCAGAUUAGAAAAGAAACAGACCAGAAACGGCAUCGUGAUGUGUACACUGUUGUCCCGCGAUCCACUGGAUUCAGUGCAGUUAUAGAUGUCGAACAAUGUAUGAGAUUACUUGGCCAAAUAGCUUUGGAUGACAGAAAUGAAUGCUUGCUGAUAAAGAAUGUGAGAGAUGGAUGGCUGUAAUGAUUAAAUGAAUGUAACAUGAGGUUAGGGAAUAUAUAUGCAAUAAACUAUAGAA